AUGGUUUCUGCAAGUCUGGGAGUGUACACGUUCCAUGGAAUCGGACCAAACUGCCGGCAUAUUUGUCAGGGUCGGUUUGACCGAAGGCACGGUUUGCAAUUCCAUGGCUCAAAAGCCGAGGAGCACGGUGAGGGCUGUGAGAGCAGUUCUGUGGUUGCUGCUGCUUUGGCCAGUUCAGCGCGCUUUUGUGUCUGGUGUGGGAAAAACGGUGACCGCAGGGUGAACGGUGCGGGGUCUCAGUGCUGUCUCCUUCUGGCCGCAGCCCGGUACUGCAAUACGGGUGUCGCGCAGGGACGGUGGAGUCAUCGGAGUGGGGGCUGCGUGAAGGUCGCUCUCCCUGCAGCCGUGGUGUCCGCGUCCCCUGUGUUCCUCACGUCCCCCCAUGUCCCUGCAGCCCCGUGUUGCUCCGCUCCGCUCGGCUUCCGCCUUGAGCAGUACCACUCCCCCGGCCCCCGCGUUACGGCCACGUGGCGGCGCCAGGACCGGCGCCUCCGCAGGCGCCGAGCUCCGCCUCGCCGGGUCCCGGGCCGGCUCUACGGGCGGCGGAGUGCGGGGUGGGGGUACGGCCGAGUCCGAGUCGUGCUGCGGAUGGGGAUCGGGCGCUGCCCGCUGUCCGCCGGCGACUGGAGCGUGGCUGCGGCGGCACCGCUCAUGCACGGCCGGAACGGGGCUCGGCUCGGGCUCACGGUGGAAGAAGAGGGUGACCACGGUAAAAUGGAAGCGGUUGACAUUCAGCCUGAAAAGCCAGUCUGGAGAGUGUCCUUGCUGCAGAAAAUCUGGCAAAAGUCUUGUGGAACAGCCCUGCUUUUUCAGAGCCUUGUAUUCUUCUGUCUCUUGUCCCGUCACAAGGGAUAUCGGUGGGUGCUCUGGCAUGGCAUGGGGGGGAGAAGGAGAAUGAACUUUACCUGCUCUUCACUGGCUAAAUGAGAAUGCCUCGGUCUGGUUUCUGUGGGACCGUCUUCAUGGUGCUGUUGCCUAGCGAGGCCUUGUGUUGUUUCUUUUUAGUGUUCCUUUGCACGUGUGUACGUGCCUGUUUAUGCAUGAGUUGAUGUUGU